AAUAUAGAUGGCAAGGGUGGAUUCCUCUGGAACCUCCUACCUGAAUCUGAGCUCAACCCCUGAUGUAUUUAAGUUCUCAUGAUGGCCAUGAUCAUUACCAAACAGUUGAUCUGAACAGAACUGAACUGAAACAACCUAUUUUCUUGAGACCUGCAGAAGAAUGCUGCUCUCUGCAAUUGUCCUUUUCCUCAUGCUCUCUCUCACCCCAAGAGCCACUGAAGUGGGUCUUGAUGGUAAAGUGCUUCUGUUUCCAGCCAAGACAGAUGACAGCUAUGUUAAACUUGUUCCUAAAAAACCAAUGAUGCUUUCAGCAUUCACUCUGUGUAUGCGUGUUGCAUCUGAGGAUCGGAACUUGAGGGACUUUAUUCUCUUUGCCUACCGUACACCAAAUUAUGACGAGCUUAAUGUGUGGCAUGAGAGAGACGGCCGUGUGUCCUUCUAUAUUCAGUCUAGUGAUCAUGGAGUGUUGUUCAAUUGGCCUCCUUCCUCAUCUCUACAUACUCACAUGUGCUUCACCUGGAGCUCAGAGACUGGUAUUUCUGCCUUUUGGUUUAAUGGACAACGCAGUGGAUAUCAGGUGUACAGAAAAGGUUUUAUAGUCAAUCGUGAUGGCACCGUCCUGCUCGGCCAGGACCCUGAUAAUUUUCUGGGCAAGUUUAGCGCAAAGCAGAGCUUUGUAGGUGAUAUCUCAGAUGUGAACAUGUGGGAUUAUGUUCUCUCAGAGAACCAGAUUAGGGCAUUAUAUUUAAAACAGAAAAGCGCGCCAAACGGUAAUGUGUUGGAUUGGAAAACCAUGGAAUAUGAGAUAAAAGGAGAAGUGCUAGUGGUGGAAGAUAAUUGAUUAUGUUCAGUUGUAAUGUCACUUACACACACACACACAUCUGUGUCAAUCUGUGUUAAGUCUAUGACAUACAGAGUUAAUAAAACCAAUAAAAUUUUCUG